CGACCGCACUCCAUGCCCAGCUUCAUCUCACAGAGGUCACACACUGAGUUUUUUAACAUAAAAUCAGACAACCCGACCUUUACAACGGGUGUGUGGGGGCGGCAUUGUGUUGGCAACACUUUUUAGGGUGCUGCCACUUAAAAGGUUGAUAAGUUCCCUUGCGUGCUCCCCCCUGUCUUUAUUUGCGACACUCUCUCUCUCCCUUUAUAUACACGCGUGUGUGUGUGUGUGUGAUCCCCCGUAUAAUCGAUGGUAUAAUCGUCCUUCUUGUCAGUCCCGGGUAAAAGCCCAUCGGCAUUAACCGCCGAUGUUCCGCUUCGGUUAAGCUCCACCACCAUCCCCUCUCCUCCUCUUCAGUUCCUGUUUCCCAACAACCAUUCGCGUGGGCCGCCGCCGCCGCCGAGCGUUGGGGGGAACAAAAAAAUGCCAGCCCUCCCUCGCCAGCAAAAAUCCGCGAAGCCACUUUGCGUAGUAACGCUGACACCCUGCCUCGGUGCACCUUCUCGCCAACCUACCCUCCAGCUCCACACACCCCUUCUCUCCGCUCUUCUCUCUCUCCGCUCCCCCUCCAGUCCCGUCCCGUGAUUCAUAAGCGCCGCUUGCAUCGUCUUGGCCGACAAGAAGUCGAGCUAAACACUGGAGUGUCGCGUGCUGUCUGCGGUUAGCGGCCGUUAGUUGGGGGAGCAAAGUGAGGCACCCACAGGUCGGUACCCGGGGUAGACACGGACCAGUCACACUCACUUCCAGUCACAACUCCAGCGUUCUGCGCCUUCCGCGAGCGCUCUGCCAAGGUUCUAUGUUCGGAAAGCGAUUCUUGGUGUACAGAGAGAGAGAAAAAUAAAUAAAAGAUGGAAGGACAGAAUUCACGCAUCACAGAGGACGAGUGGUACUCAAGCUUGCAGCAAGCAUGACGAAACUUUCCACCAGGCGAGCGGCACAGAAAAGGCGAAGAAAAUAAAGGAGAAAGAUGAUGAACUGAGGCUGGCCGUGCAAAGGUGGUCAGCUAAACAAGUCACGUGAUUUUCUGGCACCCCCUCCCUCCUUCUUGUCUUCGUGGUUGUCUCCCAGCCACACUCCAGACCAUCGGCUGCCGCGCUGCCACCACACCUGAGACAGGGUCGCUCCAAGCCCUUUAUAAAGAUCAUCAGCUUAGCAGCCAGGUAGAACAGCCUUGAAGAGGUGAUUGGUCGUCAUUCAAGCGGCACCAGAGUUAUCCUUCUUGAAGAUGAUGGACUGGGACAACGGCACUAUUAUGUGGACCACCGUGGGAGAGGCAAACCUAACGGAGAUGCCAUACUCCACCAACUCGAGUCCACCUGUCGAAGAAACUCCGAAAGGUGCGAACAUCGCAUCACCCAUCGUCAUGUUUCUGGCAGGUCUCCUAGGCAACGUGCUGGCGCUGGUGGUGCUGCACAAGACGCGGACGGAGAUCCGCAGCAUGAUGUUCUACACUCUCGUCGCCGCCCUCACCUGGAACGACCUCAUCGGCAUCGUCCUGACCUCACCCGUGACCUUAGCUGCCUACAUCAACGGCCGCGAGAUGCCUGCAGUCGACCGACUUUGCCGCUUCAACGGCUUCGUCAUGGUCUGCUUCGGCCUGUCCACACCGCUCAUCGUGUGCACCAUGGCCAUCGAGCGCAGUCUCGCCCUCAAGUGCACCUACUUCUACUCCAAGUACUGCACACCAGCCUCGGCUCGCAUCGUCGUGGUGGCGCUGUGGGCGUUCGUUCUGCUCUUCGGGGCUUUGCCGCUCUUCGGGUUUGGGACGUACUCCCUGCAGUACCCGCGGACCUGGUGUUUCCUCGACUUCCGCUCCUCCCUGCCCCUCGACAUGGCCUACGCCUAUGCCUACGCCAUCGUCAACCUGCUGAUCGUGGUCCUGAUGACCUCCUGCAACCUGGUAGUCAUGGCGACGCUGUGCCAGGUGAGGGACAGCCGCCGGAAGCACUCCAGCGCCAGCCUCAGCAGCUCGCUCCUGGCCACUGAUGUCGUGGAUGAGAAGGUCCGAUACAUGCGGCGACGAAACCAGCGAGACGUGGAGCUGCAGAUGAUCUGGCUCGUCUGCGCCAUCACCACCAUCUUCGCAGUCUGCUGGGUGCCACUGAUGGUUCACAUCCUCCUCACCUUGUCCACUGACAACCAGGAGCCCGUGCUGGGCCUGGUGGCCAUCAGGCUCGCCAGCCUGAACCAGACCCUCAACCCCUGGCUGUACGUCAUCCUGCGGAAGGCCCUGCUGGCCCGCCUGCGCCGAACCUUCACCCGCUGCGUGCAGUGCGGUGACGACGACAGCGAGGACAGCGCCUACCUCCGACGCCAUCGCUUCCACAACUACGCGCCGCAGCACAACUUCAAGCAGUACGAGGGCCAGCCGCGCGGCUACGUUCACGUCCGCAACCAGCUGUGUCCCAGCAGCCAGUUCGUCGGCCGUCAAAACGAGGCGGUGUCGUUGUCGGAAGGCUCCAUGAGGUCUGGCGACCGCAACUCCCGGGGGUCGAAGAGCAGAAGCAGGAGCAGAAGCCGCAGUGCGGGACGUCACUCCUCCGACUCCGACCGGCCGAGCAGGAGUUACGCCGCAGACACCGCCCACCUUUGCUCCGCGUGCCGAGCGCACGCUCUGAUGUCCGCGCAUGCUCCCAGACGGUGCAAAGCAACCGGAAGUCCACCACCAGGCUCUUUCACAGGCUCACCCCAGCCCGCCUGCUCCGGAAGUACUCAAAACAGCGGAGGUGUUGCCGUGCAGCAUCCUGACGCGAGGUCUGUAACGGACAACGUUGCUGACGCCCAGUCUGACGCCUUCUCCGAAACGCCUGACGGGAUCUACGUCGACCUGUUCCGUCGUUUGCCGGAUUCCAGCCUCAUGGCAUCCUUCCAGGUGCAAGACCCCACCCGGCGCCCUCCCGCCGCACCGGAACCGGAAAGUAAAUUCUGCCGACAGGCCCGCGACUUGGGUCCCGCCACUCCGUCCGUCAGCGAGACGGAUGACCACGGGUACGGGUCAAGGGUCAGCAGCGAUUCCUCCAGGACGUCCUCGUCUGAAGCGAUUGGGAUGCCGAUCUGCGGUGCAGGAAGGUCGCCCCAUGAUGAAGUGGUUGUUAAUGUCGGUGAUGGCCGCGACAACGAGGCCGUUGGUUCUCACAGUUCCGGCCACGACGAUGUCUCUGCUGCCGGUGUUAAUGAUGAUAUUGCUGAUGAUGAAGGUUCUACCUGUGGUCCUGAUGGUCGGUGUAGCACAGGUGGGGGGUCGCUAUCCAGCUCUGACCGCAACACCGUCAGUUGUAGGCAAAGCUCGCCGGGUACGUCAACUGGGCGAGGGUGAAAUUAUCUAAGAUCACAAAAGUUUUGUCAGGUCAUGGUAUUAAAAAAACGCAGAAAACUGUAAUCUUCAAACUACAGUUUAAAAAUCAAAUGGAUGAGAUGUUUUACAUCAAUCCAUUUCUUUUAAAGAACUGCUCACCUAUCUUUCCGGUCUUUAAACACUGGAAUGAACUGUCUGUGCAUGUAGCUCUGUGCCAGCUGUGUAUACUGUCUUUCUAUGUACAUGUUGUACGCUGGGUUUUUGAACUUAGAGGUCUUUCUUAACUGGACAAAGUCCCAAGUGUUACCUCCAAAGUGCCACAAAGUCAAACAAAAUGGACAAAUGUAUUGACAGACAAGUUUGAACUUAGCUCACAGCAUGUGGACCAAAGAUCCAAUGUUCCAAAUGUUUUCCCCAAAACUGGGUUUCAUUGGACCUUUACACACAACUUGGUCAAACUUGGUCAAACAUUUGCCCAUUUAAGAAGGGUCUUUAGCAGAAGAUGAUAGAUAUUUAGGGUCUGAGCUUUAUCACGGCAUUCUCUUGAAAUUUCUGAGAAACGAAACACAAGAUUCUGUGACCAGAUAUGUCUUCGUAAUAACUAUUUCUGAUCUCUGCUCCAAUAAUUUGUGGUUUCCCACCCAGGCGAAACAAAAUCGUAAAUAGUACUUUAUUUACAAUAUCUUGGUGUUUUCAGUCUCUUAUGAAAGACUGUGUGAUAUGAAGAUUACAAGGAAUCAUUGAGAUCCGGUUGUGAGAUAAAUUAAUGAAGACUGUUUUGCUCUUCAUUCGAUUUUUAUUCUUAAUGUUCUGAUUACUGUCUUUCUUCCAUGGACACAGAUUGUGCACUGAUGCGAGCCGACUACUUGGUAUUUCAGUUGGACUUCACUUUGCACACAAGGACACAAAAACAUUUAUUUUGAUGAAGGGAGUGUCUGGAACUGGGCUGGCCCCUCGUCUGAGUGUGAAAGUUAUGUGUCUAUUAUUGUUAUUUGUUUUUAUAUUUCCAGUGUUCAUCCUUUUUACACAGCACUUAUCUUUCAUUGUAUGCACUAACAGUGCAGUAUGUUAUUAUAUUCUGCUUUCAUCGUGACUACUUUCCGGAAGUUUGCUUUGGUAAUUCUGAUUUUCUGACCAGUCAAAGUAAAAACUGUUUAUAAAAAUGUAUGUAAACAGACAUUUUGAGCUACUUUAUCCUAAAAUGUUAUUUGUAUUUUAAACGGUUUGGCUUAAAGAAAAGUAAUUUUUAUAAUGAGUUCGUUAUUACCGUUUUAAUAAAUUUUUAAUUAAAAGAAAGCUUACCAACACUUUUCUGUAAAGUAUUUAUUAUUGUGAUAAGCGAUUUGUUCUAAUAACUGCUUUUGGUUUGUAAGUUUUUUUUGUGUGGACCUGUCUUCUCAUCGCUCCAGAUCAGAACAGUUAAAAACUUUCCUUGUCCUUGUCAUCAACAGUUUCGCCAUCCUUGGAUCUCUGUCAUACCUGUGCUAUAAGUAUUUCAGAGUGUAAGGUAGGGCUAACGAACAAUACAUAUAAAAAUGAAGUCAUCCUCAAACUUUUGGUUAGGUUAGAGAAGUUGUUUUUCUCGGGGCCAGUCAUUGUGACACUGGUCUCCUCUCUCUUUGUCUUUGCUUUCCAGACCAUGUGAAGGGUCAAAUAUCGGGUCAAGAGAUGUGUCUACUGUGGGAAGUAUGCUGCGCCACAAGGGUUUCGAACCGACUCAAUUCAACUACAGUAAUAACUAAAAUAGACAAUAAUGGGUUAGGGUUAUAUUCAACAAAUAUUGACACUCUUUGUCUCUCUCUCUCUCACACACACAUACGCAGAAAGAGAGAGGGAGGAAAAAAUUGUUGUGGUGCUAAUUAUAGCAUAAUAUUGAUUGUGAUGAUGAGGUUCUCUCUCCACCCUCCCCUCCCACUCCUUUUAAACUGAUUGUGUAGCCAGACAAAAUCAAGCAUCGCUCGUUGAUUGCCUUUAGUGUUUGGUAAUUACCGACAUUAUCCGUGAAUCAAACAUGGCGACAUGCUGAUGACUUCUGCUGUUUCCUUCUUUUGUCACUUUUUUGAAAUGUAGCUUACUCCGAUAUUUCUACUUCUGCUCUUUUUCUCCUUCUCCUCAUCGUUCUCCUAACCAUUUUCAUCAACAACUCCUUUUCGUUCCUUAUUUAUCCCUCAAUUGUUAUUCAUAGGAUAGUUGGGUAAUUUCUUUGUUUGAGAAAUACACAAAUCUCAGCCAUGAUGUGUAGUGCUUCCCCGACUUAGAAUCUUGGUUUAGGGAAAAUUGGAUUGUAAAUUUCUCAGUUAUAAAUAUAGCUGAUCAGUCUGAAUGAAAAUCUUUUCUAUAACAGCGUAGAUGUAGAAGAUUUGUUGGUAGGAAAAUUACCUUUUACAUUCUAACAAAAUUUGCUUUAUUUUAGAAAGAUGUUGUAUUGUAAUUUUCUGAUCGACGCUCUUUCAUGUGCCUACCACAACACUGGGUGAAACAACAUAUAAGCAUUUACCAAUUUUUUAUAUAUUUACCAAUAUCAUGUUUCUACAUCUUGACGACUCGGCUGGUCCGAAUAAUCUGUGCAUGCUUUCAGUGUGUUCGCUGGCUUGUGUGCUUGUGAGCUGAAAAUUGUGUGCAAGUGCUCAAGGAAAUUUGAAAUAAAGAAUCUGUAACGAAAGUA